AUGUCUAAGGUCGACUUUACGGCCUUGUUCUCCAGCCUGACCGAAAGCGUCUUGACCACUAGCCGUCCGCUAGGAGAAUCCGAGUUAAGCUAUGCCGUGCCACGCCAGAGCAGCGGCUUCAACGACUCCCAUACCAUCGUUCCUCUCGACAUUCCAGCCGGUCAUCCAAUCUAUGACGAGGAGGUCAUUCUCGCCACUGCGGUGAUCCGCCUCCGCCAUCCCUUACUUGCCUCUCGAGUUUCGUUUACAGGAGCCGUCCCGCACUUUGUCUGCGAUACGCCCAUCACCGAAGCCUCCGCAGUCCACAAUGCGAAGAGCACGAUCGCUUUCAGCACAUUCCGGGAUAGGAAUGCGGAGGCCGCUGCGCUCCAGGUGCAGUACGUGAACCCUGAUCCCCGCCAUGUUUUCGACAUUCGGUCCACUGUAUACGCUAUCUCUUGGUCGAAGGGGGUCGGCAUUGCCGAGGGCCAAUACAUUCUUGGGAUGCAAACCACGCACUUCGUGGCGGACGCGCGGAUCCGGAUGAACGUUGUCCGUCAUCUAUUGGAGCUGCUCUCGAGUCCUGGUCGAGCGCAAGCGGAAUUGGCGGCUUUUUUUGCUCUUCCUCUCAAGCCCUUGCAGAUUCCGGAGCCGCUUGAGAAGCUCAUACCAGACAUCGACCCGGCCGAGUAUGCGAAAGGGAAGCAAGCCUUUGAUGAGUUGAUGGAGGGGUCGUCGAAGCCUCUUCAUGGGAUUACACUUCAAGUUGAUGGCGCGAUUGGCAAAGCCAUGUUCAAGCCAACCCUUCUUCAUCACGCCUGGUCACCUUCAGAGAGCGCAAAGAUCCUUCGUGCCUGCAAGGCUCGUGGUGUCACAGUUACACACGUCUGCACUGCCGCCAUGGCUAUAGCGUGCAUUCAAGAUGCCACGACUCCAGAAGCUCAGCAGAAUGCAACCGACGACGAUUUAUAUUUCAACGCCUCGCUUGCAAUGGACCUUUCGUCGCGUUUUCAGCCGACAACAAACAGCACCGAAUAUGAAACCGCGACUCGCAUCGGAAUGUUAACGAUGUUCAUUCAUGCUCCUCGAUCUGCCGCGAGUUCUGCAGACCGUCUCUCGGCGCUGUGGUUAUUGGCCGGACAAUGUAAGAAGAUCUCGAGCGCAUUUACACAGUCCCCAUACUUGUGGACAUUUCUCAAGGAAGCGCGGGAAGUCAUUGUUAAAGGCUACUACACUCGUGUUGCGGGUCAGCCCUAUGUACCCUUCAUCACCAGCAUGGGCGAUUGUACCAAGGUCCUGCCUCAACGCUACCCCGUGGAAUCCUCAAAUACUACUGGACAUUCGACGUCGCAUCGAGAACUCGUUGUUGUGGACCUAUUAGUGGGAACCAAGGCUGAUUUAAAUACUGACGUUAUGCGGUUGUGGACGUAUGAUGGUAAAUUGCACUUGCAGUUCGGCUAUGACAGCUCGCGUCGCAACCCCGACUCAGUGAUUCUAUACUUCCAACGUGUGUCUGAGACUUUGACUCUGAUUGGAUUGGAGGAAAUGCCAUAG